AGUGACUGCACCCAGGGAGGGGAGCGUGAGCCCGGAAGAUGGCAGUGAUGGAAGUAGCCUGCCCUGGCAGCCCUGCCUCGACCGUGAAGCAGCAGCAGGAGCUCGCCAAAGCCCAGGAGAAGACGCAGGCCCUGGGGAAGAAGCAGAGCUGCGUGCAGCUGGAGGCCGUGGGCAAGAGCCCUGUGUUCUGCGGAAAGUGGGAUAUCCUAAACGACGUGAUCACCAAAGGCACCGCCAAGGAGGGUUCUGAGGGUGGCCCGGCUGCCAUCUCCAUCAUCGCCCAGGCGGAGUGUGAGAACAGCCAGGAGUUCAGCCCCACCUUUUCAGGACGAAUCUUCAUCGCAGGCUCGAAGCAGUACAGCCAGUCAGAGAGUCUCGAUCAAAUCCCCAACAAUGUGGCUCAUGCAACUGAGGGCAAAACGGCCCCCGUGUGUUGGAAGGGAAAGCGUCGCAGCAAAGCCCGAAAGAAACGGAGAAAGAAGAGCUCGAAGUCCCUGGCACAGGCCAGAGUGGCCCUGGCCAAGCCCCUGCCCAGGACCCCUGAGCAGGAGAGCUGUGCAGUCCCGGUGCAGGAGGAUGAGUCUCCACUAGGCACCCUGUACAUCAAGCAUGCCCCCCAGUUCACCAAGCCUCUGAAGGAACCAGGUUCUGGCCACCUCUGCUCCAAGAAACUCGAUGAGGGCCUGCAGCCAGUGCUGCCACGACCGGAACUCCACAAACUGAUCAGCCCCUUGCAAUGUCUAAACCAUGUGUGGAAACUGCACCAUCCCCAGGACGCGGGCCCCCUGCCCCAUCCUACCCACCCCUUCCCCUACAACAGACUGCCCCAUCCCUUCCCCUUCCACCCUCUCCAGCCCCGGAAGCUGCACCCCCUGGACUCCUUCCUGGGCAAACUGGCCUGUGCAGAAGGCCAGCAGCCCCUGCCUACCCCAGCCCUGGGAAAACCAGUCUGUGUGGAUACUCAGAAGCUGCUGCCUGGCCCGCCCCGUGAGCCCAGCUGCCCGUCUCGUACCUGGGAGAAGUGUUCUGUGGAGGAAUACCUGGCACACGCUCUGCGCGGCAGCGUGAGCUCAGGCCAGGCUCCUAGCCUAGCCACCCUGGCCAAGACCUGGUCUGCAGGGGGCCCCAGGCCUCAGGGGCCUAGCCCCGAAACCGAAGACAACGAGGGGGUGCUGCUUACUGAGAAACUCAAGCCAGUGGAUUACGAGUACCGAGAAGAGGUGCACUGGGAUACACACCAACCCCGCCUGGGCAGAGGCUCCUUUGGAGAGGUCCACAGGAUGAGGGACAAGCAGACAGGUUUUCAGUGUGCCGUCAAAAAGGUGCGGGUCGAGGUGUUCCGGGCGGAAGAGCUGACAGCAUGUGCAGGACUGAGCUUGCCCCAGAUUGUCCCUCUGUAUGGCGCAGUGAGGGAAGGUCCUUGGGUCAACAUCUUCAUGGAGCUUCUAGAAGGUGGCUCCCUGGGCCAGCUCAUAAAGCAGAAGGGCUGUCUCCCAGAGGACCGAGCUCUCUUCUACCUGGGCCAGGCGUUAGAGGGGCUGAAGUACCUGCACGCACGAAGGGUUCUGCAUGGAGACGUCAAAGCUGACAACGUGCUCCUGUCCAGCGAUGGGAACCGCGCAGCCCUCUGUGACUUCGGCCAUGCUGUGUGCCUGCAACCCAGUGGCCUGGGGAAGUCCUUGCUCACAGGGGACUACAUCCCUGGCACAGAGACCCACAUGGCGCCAGAGGUGGUUCUGGGGAAGCCCUGCGACACCAAGGUGGACAUCUGGAGCAGCUGCUGCAUGAUGCUGCACAUGCUCAACGGCUGCCACCCCUGGACCCAGUACUUCCGGGGGCCGCUCUGCCUCAAGAUUGCCCGUGAGCCUCCGCCUGUGAGGGAGAUCCCAGCCUCCUGCACGCCUCUCACAGCCCAGGCCAUCCGGCAGGGGCUGAGGAAGGAGCCUGUCCACCGCGCGUCAGCCGGGGAGCUGCUAGGGAAGGUGUGUGGGGCACUGCAGCAAGUGGGAGGUCUACAGAGCCCCUGGAGGGGAGAAUACAAGGAGCCAAGGCUCCCGCCAGACCAGGCUGGCUGCCCCCAGCCCCCACACGCCCAGCUGCAGGACUGCUCACCCCCGGAGGACGACACAGGCCCAGCCCCGGAGCUUCAGCCACCACCGCCACCAGAGCCCCCAGAGCAGAAGUCUCCCACCCUGCAUUUGAGCGAGGAGGACUCUGGCCCCUGGGAACCCUUGCCUCUGUCCUCCCUGGACCCAGCCCCGGCCAGAAGCUCCAGCUCGCAGGAGCGGAGAGCAACCUUCCCUGACCUGGAGCUGCAGCAGCUGGAGAUAGAAUUAUUUCUGAACAGCCUGUCCCAGCCUUUCUCUCUGGAGGAGCAAGAGCAGAUUCUUUCGUGCCUCAGCAUUGACAGCCUCUCCCUGUCAGACAGCAGUGAGAAGAACCCAUCAAAGGCCUCUCAGAGCUCGAGGGAAACCCUGAGCUCAGGUGUCCACUCGUGGGGCAGCCAGGCAGAGGCUCGAAGCUCCAGCUACAGCACGGUGCUGGCCCGGGGGCGGCCUGCCGACACCCCCAGCUACUUCAAUGGUGUGAAAGUCCAAAUACAGUCUCUCAACGGGGAGCACCUGCAUAUCCGAGAGUUCCACCGGGUCAAAGUGGGAGACAUCGCAACUGGCAUCAGCAGCCAGAUCCCAGCCACAGCCUUCAGCUUGGUGACCAAAGACGGGCAACCCGUUCGCUAUGACAUGGAGGUGCCAGACUCGGGCAUCGACCUGCAGUGCACCCUGGCCCCUGAUGGCAGCUUUGCCUGGAGCUGGCGGGUGAAGCACGGCCGACUGGAGAGCAGGUCACAGCCCCGCCUGCCACCACCGCUGCGCUGACAGAGCAGCGUCCUCCUCGG